CAUCAAUUAAGAGCGGAAGCCCCGAAUUAUUGCCGAUGCUAUGCAGUUUCAGCUGAGAUUAACGAUGCGCUCUUCUUGUGUUUCAGGUGCCACCAACCAUGUUCCGCGUGCUGUCCGUCGCUGUGCUGGCCCUCGUGGUCAUGCAGACCUUUGCUGAACCUCCAUCAUCGCACUACGGUCCCCCCUCAUACGAGGCUCCUGCUCCCAUCAGCUACAGCGCCCCCGCUCCCUCUCACAGCUACGGAGCCCCCGCUCCCUCCAUCACCUACGGAGCCCCGAUCGUGACCUACAGGUCGGCCGCGCCCUCAUACUCUGCUCACGCCCCCGCUCGCGUUGUGUCCUACGCCCCUUCGUACGCAAGUUACGGAGGAGGCCAUGGCGGAGGCUUCAAGGGUCUGGGAGGUGCCGCCGCCCUGGGACUCGCCGUGCCUGCCAUCAAGAUCGUCAAGGUCGCAAAGGUCGCCAAGGUUGCUGGCGCCAUCAAGUUGGCCAAGCUUGCCCUUCUGAAGAAGAAGCUGCUCGUUGCCCCCCUGCUGCUCGGAAAGUAAUUCCCUGCAAUAACGCAUUAGAGAUCAGGAGGAUCGCAUUCCACCCGCGAGAUCAUCCUCCGCUCUGCAAUUUCGGCCCGUGUAAAUUAUGCAAAAACUCGCGAGUAAGCUCCUUCCGUUAGGCCUAAGUCUGCAAAGUGCCAGCCCGGGUUUCCUCAGUCUUUUCCCGAUUCGCAGAAAAGACUUUCGCCGCCCGGGCUGGGCUAGUUAGUUUGUAAAGCGCGGCUGGACCGCGUGCGACGCCGGCGGCCGCUUCCCCUCGCGCCCUUCCGGGGGCGCAGGGGAGGCGCUCGCAGGACGCACGCCACGCGCGACUCGCGGCGGCUGCUGCCACGUGGGGGAGUGGAAACGUACUUCCAGCCCCCAGAAGGUGAGCUCCCGCGCGUGUCGCGAGCCGCGCGCACUAUAUCAUGGUACUGACAACGCUCCUUUUUUAUUAUAUUAUAUAUAAUAUACGAUUCUUACGCCACCCGUCCGAUACAGCAAUAUUCGCUAGCCUGAGAAGCAGGCGCGACAAAUUUCAGCACACAUUUUUCAAUGUUUUGUUAAGAAAAUGCCUGGCUCGGCCACGUUUGGAAAAUAGAAAAAAAUGCUUUGAAUGUCCUAACGUUGUAUGUUUAAAUUUAAAGUUGAUGUACAGAUAAACGAGGUGUGUUCAUAUCAAACUGCAAUGUUCAACCAAAUAUUACUGUUAGAACAGGUAGUCCUGCCAAUCAAAACUCUCGUACUUCAUCUGCCUUUUUUCACAAACAGUUGUACUGUACAAUAAAAGAAUCCAACUAUUUUUAAUAAACACAA